AUGAUUCCUCUGAAACGUGUGACCUGUCUCUGGCCUUGUGCAGCGCGGCAGGUAGCAGGACCGUAUGCAGGCGGUGGUAGGAUUAGAUAACUAAGUAGCAAUAGUGCACAAAACUGACAGGUCUGCAAGUGAAGAAGAAAUUGAUAAGAGCGAAGUUGCCACAAUGCUUAAUUGUAGAACCGUGUGGAGAAAACUUGCUCCUCUUGCCAGAGCCUCGUCAACACUGUGUCGGCAAAAUGUAAAGAGAACAGGCUUGCACAAUGCCAGACUACCUGCACAUGUACCUACGGCUCAUAUGGCAACAGGGCCUGCAAAGGGCGGUGGGGAAAACCAGCUGUAUGUCCUUUUAGUUGGGGCAACCUGCCUUGGUGGAGCAAUAUACACAUACAGAACUGUUAAAGGAGACCAGCAUCGAUAUGAGGAGCGAAUUGCAGAAAUUGAAUCUCGACCACAUCGAAGCACCAAAGAAGCAACCGCUACCGUCCAGAUGGAAGCUCCUGUUGUUACUGAAUCAGAAGCUCAAGCCAAACCUUCGCCAGAAGAGUCGAGCCUUCCUGCGCCUGAUGCUGAGACAGCAGCCCCAAGUGAGACGACUGAACCUCCACAAGAUCACGGCCCCCCGUCCGAGCCAAGCCCAGCCGAACAAACCGACCCGUCCCCGGCGACUGCUGCAGGACUCGACGCUGCACAGCCCUCACUGAGUCUGCCGUCACACGCCCCCUACCUCCUCAUUGGUGGAGGCACUGCCUCCUUUGCUGCUGCCCGCUCUAUUCGAGCCAGAGACCCCGGUGCCCGCGUUCUGAUUGUGACGGACGAGCCGGACCUCCCGUACAUGAGACCGCCUCUGUCCAAAGAGCUGUGGUUCUCCGAUGACCCGGCUGUGACAGAUACACUACGUUUCAAGCAGUGGAAUGGAAAAGAACGAAGUAUCUACUUCCAACCACCAUCGUUUUACAUUACUCCGGAGGACCUGAGUAAUGCAGAAAACGGAGGCGUGGCUGUUCUCACAGGCAAAAAGGUUGUUCACAUGGAUGUGAGGGGAAACAAAGUAAAACUAGACGACGACACGGAAAUUUCAUACGACAAAUGCUUGAUUGCUACAGGUGGCGUUCCAAGAAAUUUGCAAGUCAUCGACCGAGCAGGAGAGGAAGUGAAGAAGAGGACAACUUUGUUUCGUAAGAUUGAUGACUUCCGAUCCUUAGAUAAAAUCUCCAGGACCAUCAAGUCCAUCACAAUCAUUGGAGGUGGCUUCUUAGGCAGCGAGCUGGCCUGUGCCCUUGGCAGGAGAUCUCACGAUUCCGGUCUGGAGGUCAUACAGAUGUUCCCCGAGAAGGGCAACAUGGGCAAAGUUCUGCCAGAGUAUCUCAGCAACUGGACGACCGAAAAAGUCAAAACAGAGGGUGUAAAAAUCAUCUCCGAAGCUCUCGUCAAGUCCGUGACAUGUAAUGAGGAUCAGUUAGAAAUAAAACUAAAGGAUGGUCGAUCGGUAAAAACUGACCACGUCGUUGCAGCUGUUGGGCUGGAGCCCAAUGUUGACCUCGCCAAGUCUGCAGGUCUGGAGGUGGACUCGGACUUUGGUGGUUAUCGUGUCAAUGCAGAGCUGCAAGCUCGGUCCAACAUUUGGGUGGCGGGAGACGCCGCCUGCUUCUACGACAUAAGGCUGGGCCGCAGACGGGUGGAGCACCACGACCAUGCUGUUGUCAGUGGCCGGCUGGCGGGGGAGAACAUGACGGGAGCCAACAAGCCUUACUGGCAUCAGUCUAUGUUCUGGAGUGACCUGGGUCCUGACGUCGGAUACGAGGCCAUCGGGAUUGUGGACAGCAGUUUGCCCACUGUGGGGGUCUUUGCCAAAGCCACAGCCAAGGAUACACCAAAAGCUGCCACCGAGAAGUCAGGAACUGGCAUCCGCUCAGAGAGCGAAACGGAGGCUGUGGCAUCGAGUGCCGUGGCCUCCCCUACACCCGCUCCCGCCGUGACGCACAAAGAUGACUACGGCAAAGGAGUCAUCUUCUACCUGCGAGACAAAGUGGUGGUGGGCAUCAUCCUGUGGAAUGUUUUUAAUCGAAUGCCCAUCGCAAGAAAGAUUAUCAAGGAUGGAGAGGAACAUGCAGACCUAAAUGAAGUUGCCAAGCUGUUUAACAUCCACGAGGAUUAGGACUUUGAAGACCAUUGGCAAUGGAGUGAAACAUUUUGUGAACUUUGUCCCUUACAAUAGCUGAACAAGGUUUCUGGAAAUUGUAUCAUUUCACCGAAUUAUUUUCAUACUACAGUUGAAAUUUCAAAGUAUUGACCAGAAUUCCUACUUCCGCUCAGUUUGUCCCCGCCCUAAAAAAAGAAAGCACUGUUUUGCCUUGGCACAAACAUUUCUCUCUCAAACUACUGGUCACAGUGUCACGGUCACGCAACAUGGCGUCACAGCAGCUUGUUGAGAGAAAGCCUGAAAUAAAAUCUAUUUUUAAA